CUGCUCAAUACCCCGCUAAACACACCCUCGACGGAUUGCUGGCAUCCUCCGUCUGGCAGGCAACAUGUCGGAAGAACGCGGCAAAGGAAUCUCGCUGCGCAAGAAGCGCACGCAGAAGGUCAAAGGCGGCGCGCCGACCAUCAGCGCUCCACGACAGAUUAGCGCGCCCAUGCCCGCUGGGCUCGCUGCUGCAACGCUUUCAAGCUCCGGACGCCCUUCUACAGAGUCGAACCGGUCGGGAAAGAGGCUUGACGCGCCCCGCGAAAGGCCGCAGAGGGCGGAUAAGACGGCCGAUCUGGUCAAGAGGAGGUACUCGCAGCGGAUAACGCAGCUCCCGAGCGACUUUGGCAAUGGCGCGCCGAUGCCAGAUAUGCCAGCCAUACCGGCUCAGUAUAGGGAGGCGCCGCCAAGCAGGGACGGGAGGCCGCCCGGGAGCUCGGAUGGGCGUGCCUUGAAGGUAGACAUGAGGGCAUUGCGUGAUCCCAGCCUGAAAGUGGACUCUUACGUGAACUCGAUACUAGCAGACGCCUCCGAAGAAGACAUCCGCCGCUUCCAGGACGACCUCCGCAAAGUGAAGAAUCGCACCUCGACCGACCUCCAGCACAAUGUGUAUCAGAAUCGCACGCAGUUUAUCAAGAUUAGUAAAGAGGCGGAGAAGCUCAAGGGCGAAAUGCGGACGCUUAAGCAGCUGAUGUCUGAAUUGACGGCUACACUGGGGCAGACCGCGUCCGCCGCGAAUACGAACGGGGACGCAAUCACCGCGCGGAAAGCUGCAAAUCGGAGCUCGGUAGCAAAUCUGGAGGCGCUUUGGAAUUCCCAGCUGCACCAGCUUUGGAAGCGCAUUGAAGGGUCACAGAAGUAUCUGCCGGCUAUUCCUGGUCGACACGUGGUGUGGGAGUCUAGGAAAUGGGUGGAAUUGAACGCUGCGACGUGGAAAGCAAAAAGACGAGUCCAUCUGUUCCUCCUGAAUGACCAUCUGCUAGUCGCUGCAGAAAAGAAACAGCGAAGCGAGGCCGCGCAAAGCUCGCGAGACAAGAAGAACGCCGCGCAGGAAUGGGUAGCGCAGCGAUGCUGGCCACUUCAGGACGUGCAGAUGGCAGAUCUUUCCUCGAAAACAAAACCCGGAGGUCAAGAUGGCAAGUCCGGCACUGCCAAUGCGAUCAAUAUUCGGGUCGGGAGUGAAUCAUUUACAUACGCCGUUUACCCAGGGGAAGACGCAGACAAAGCCCAACUACUUUCCACAUAUCGAAAGGCCGUCGAAGAUCUACGGAAGAGCCAAGAAGCCGAAAUCGAAGAACGAGGCAGGGCCCAGGACUCAUACAACUACUUCGCCACGCGGGAUCCGAACAUCCUGAAGAAGACGGAUCUGAUGGAGAGCUUGUCGGACAACGUCGUGAAUAACCGAGCAAGCAUGUUCGUCGAUAUCGAUGGCAAGCAACAGAACAUCCGAAUGGUAGAAAGCCAGCUCGAUGAGCUCGACAUCGAUAUUGCGCUACAGCACUUCGAAGAAGCGGUGAAGAAGGUGGAGCGGCUGAAAGCACUAGCGAAGAACAUCAGAGGCAACUCAAUGGCCCAAGGCAUCGUGUCCUUCAAAGUGAACGAGCGGGCGACGAAGCUGGCCAGCGUACUUAUCAAACAGCUCGUGGAAAACAACAACUGGAUGGAAUCGGUAAAGAAACACGUCACCUGGGUAGUACGAUUAGGCUUCGAAGAUCGAGCGCGAGAAGCGUACCUUGAGGCUCGAGGAAACCUCAUCAAGACGCGAUCACGCCAAUGCAUUUUUGAAGGCAACCUUCCGGACUACAUCUUCCAAAUCUCCUAUAUUUACUUCACCGUCAUCAAGAACACAGUCGACAUCUACCAGAAGUGCUUCCCGCAGGUACUCAUGUCUGCGUGCGUCAAGUGGGCCAAAGAGCAUGUCGAUCAGUUUAAUGUGCUCCUGAGACGACAGUUGGGUAGCGUAGGUGAGAACACACAGGUGUGGAAAGACUGCAUGAAUCAGGCGCAUGAACAUGCCGCUAUGUUGAGGGAGGUGGGCUUAGAUUUCUCGGAGCUGGUGGGCAAGGGCGUGGAAGAGACAGAGGAAGAGAGGCCUGUCGGGCUUGGGGUCAGCUCGUGAGCGGUUGUAUAGAGGCGUGUUUGGAGUUGCAUAUAACGUCGGGUUCUGUAUAGGCUAUGAGCGUUCAGCGAGGUCAGCGAGGCGUUGGGGAGUCCUACAGGCCAGCGCUUCAAUUCAUCAGACAUUUCGUCAAUCAACCCUUCG